ACGCGCAAAGCGAAAGUCUACAGAGAGACUGCUACUGCUGCUCUUCCCAAGACGAUGAUAUCAGCCACGAGCAGGACGUUGCCCAUGGAGUGUCAUCUGCUCGCGUCGAUAACGAGAAUACCCGCUGCGAGACACCCGCUUCCAUCUUCUCUGAAGACAAUGGUAUUGACUAGGCUGCAUCGAGAGUUGUGGGUUCCACCUUCUGCCUGAUGUACCUCACUGUCAUAUUCAGUUGCAGCCAACGUCGUCUCAGCACAAUCGUCAAGCAAACAAGAAUUCUCAUGUUACAAGGCAAACUGACCAGUGGCCAGAAGUCAAGCGAAGAUCGAUCUACCUCCUCGUCUCGCAAAUCUGGAAGAACAUCAAAGCUAUCACACAGAGCACAGGACGCUGAGCAACUCAGCGCUACCAUGACCAAGGCCAAGACUGCAGCAUCACAAGCGAAAAAGGCGCGCAAGUCUGCCAAGAAGGCCAAAAAAGCGGCAGCACGUCUGUAGUGUGUCGUAGAUGGUCUAGUUGCUACACCU